AUGGACAGUGGGAGCCGUGAAGCGAAAUGGACGUCCGCUCCGCAGCACCUGUGGUUGGAGCUGCUCAAUGCGUCGAGCUCCCCGUCCACGACCGUUACCCAGGCGGACGGGUUUGUGAGCCGUAGCCCGGGACCGGUGGGGAGUGGAGGAGGAGGAGGAGGAGGAGAACAACCGGGGCUCGCCGCAUCCGUGCAAGCCUACAGGGACUUCACGACGGCGGUGCAGGUGCUCAUUCUGGUCGGUUCGCUGCUCGGUAACGCGGCGGUCCUGUGGUGCACCUGCUCCACCACUGUAUUCCGCUCCGUCACAAACCGCUUCGUCCAGACCUUGGCCUGCUCAGGGAUAGGGGCCUGUUUAGUGUGUGUGCCCUUUGACCUGGCCCUAGGCUCCAGCCCUCUCUGCUGCUGGUGGAUCCACACCCUCAUCAUCUGCAAGUCCUUCAAGUUCCUCCAUAAGCUCUUCUGCUCCGUCACCGUGCUCAGCUUCAGCGCCAUCGCUCUGGACAGGUACUACUCGGUGCUGUACCCUUUGGAGAGGAAGAUCUCGGACGCACGCUCCCGGGACCUGAUCAUCUACAUCUGGGUGCACGCGGCGGUCGCUAGCCUCCCCGUGUUUGCAGUCACCAAUGUCACCGAUAUCUACGCAACUUCCUCCUGCUCCGAAGACCACGCCCACUCAAUCGGUCACAUGGUCUACGUCCUGAUCUACAACCUCACUACGCUAAUCCUACCGCUAGCUUUGGUUCUUCUAUUUAUGUUGCUAAUUCGGCGAGCGUUGAGUGCUAGUCAAAAGAAGAAAGUCAUCAUUGCUGCGCUGAGGACGCCACAAAAUAGCAUUUCGAUACCGUACGUGUCGCAAAGAGAGGCGGAGCUGCACGCGACGUUGCUAGCUGUGGUGUUGGCGUUCUCGGCCUGUAGCGCCCCCUAUGGAGUUUUGGUGAUAUAUCGGACAAUAUUAGUAGACUCUAAAGACACGCCAAUGCUACUUUAUCUUACAGCACUAUGGCUUCCGAAAGUUUCUCUGCUCACCAAUCCUAUUUUGUUUUUGACGGUGAACAGAUCAGCGCGGCAUAGCUGGUUGGACUUGCUAACCAGGAUUCAUAGAAGGUAUAGUCGACGGAAUGUGGUGACGACCGGCGCGCUUGGGUCUUUAGGCGGGGAAGGCGGGAUUGGAGAGCCGGUUGGACUGGAAACUGCAGGGAGAUCUGGAAGUCAGCUUCUGGAAAUGUUCAAUAUCGGACAACAGCAGAUCUUUAGACCUGAGGAAGAAGAGGAAGAAGAUGUGGAAAACAGGUUAGAGGAUUCAUCUGUGCCCAAAGAGAAAGUUGGAAGUCUUAGGAGCUUGGACGUUGUUCCCAAAAAAGACCAAGGACUAGUCAAGACUAAGGAAUACCCAGGGCCGAUCAUAAUACCGUCGCGUUCCUCACCCGGACAUACUUGCGCCUAUGCUUCGUCCUCUCAGGUGGCACCCGCUACCCCCGCGACACCCACUGACACGGAGGAUGCCACACAGUGCGGGUUUGGUCCGUUCGAGCUGCCCCCCCAGUGGUUACCUGAAACCAGGAACAGUAAGAAGAGACUACUGCCCCCUCUUGGUAACACACCGGAAGAGCUGAUCCAGACCAAGAUGGCCCGUCCCAAGCCUGAACGAAGGAUUAGCCGCAACAACAAAGUCAGCACUAUACCAGCCGUGGAGAACUAGAAGACAAAACUGGCUAUAUGGGUUUUUCUUUUUAAAAAAUAUAUGAAUGAAUGAUAAGUGACUGAAAAUAUACCCAGCGCCUCAAAAGUAAAGUAUGAUUUUAACUUAUACAAAAUAAUGUGAAGAUAUGGUUAAAGCAAAGGCACAAAUGAACCCUGGAGAAAAAAUGGAAAGGUUUAGGUUACCACAAUAAAGUCAAUAAACAGGUUUCUAUGCCUGAUGCCCUUCCUGUCGCAACAAGAAACAUGUUGUUACAGCAGUGAACACUGUGGGUGAAUUGUCUUGCCCAAAGACACAGCGAUAUGUGCAAGAAUGAGCUUUAAUCAGCUACCCCCGGUUGGUGUAACUUGGUGAUCAGUCAAGCCACGGUGUCCCUGUAAAUCCUUGGCAAAUUAAAUAUUCAUUUGUGAUUUUGAACCUAAAAUACACUUAACAUUAGUAUUGGCAUAGUCUUUUUUGUCAUUUGUUUGGUUCAAGUACAAGACAGGGAAUAAUGCUCGAGUUUGCCAUUGAAGUAAUUGCAUCGUUUGUUCCUUGACUGACCCCUUGUGUCCGGAGUUUGUAGCGUUCCUUUUAGAUCUUAUACCAACACUUUGAGUAGUCCUGAGUCCUGUUGUGCCACUACACUGCUGUGGCUAGAAGUAUUAUUAUAAAUGAAAAACAAACUUUUUUUUGUUUCUGUAUGUGUAUUCACAAGUGCCUAAAUGUCGCAGACAACGUAAUGCAGAGUGUUUCAAUAUUUCAGAAAGACGUCUUUGCAGCAUACACUUAAGUGGUCCCUCUGUGGUUUUGGUUUGAAGAUUUUAAAGUUUGCAGAGACUUUUGAUGUCUUUGGCCCUAGGGAAGAAUGUUAAGUCUAUUGUUUGUUGUUGGUUGAAAAAAUACGACUUCUUCUUCUGCAGUGAAUCAUCCACAUCUGCACUGACAGUGAAGUUUUUUAUUACCAAACUUGUUUUCAUGGCAAUAGAUUUGUUGGGUUUAAAGCUGCCAUCCGAUUAUGGCAGAAGUGAAACCUGUUAGCCCCUCCCCCUUCCUCUCACCUGGCCUUUGUUCAGACUCAUCUGUGCUCUCUGCUUUUCUUCUGUCAGGCCAAAGUUGGCGUUGACUAUCAGACUGCAGUAACGUACAUACCAUCUAGUAGCAUUACUUGACAGUACAACGGGACUGGGUCGGCCAAACUAAUUACAAAUACUUGCUUUAAAAUCACAAUAUCUGAUACUUUAAACAUCAAAACACUUGGGGGUUUUCUGUUUGGAUAAUCCUUAUUAUAAAACACAAUAUCAUAAUACCAGCUCCAGCCCACCAGUUACAUUUACUUUAACCACUUUUGGGGGGAAAUGUACUUUUUGACAACAUAAUUUUACCAUUUGAAAAAUAUAAUUUAAAUGUUUACAGUAUUCUUUCUUGAGUUAUCUCUUUGAAUAUUGGACAGCAGUUUUAUGUUGACACCAUCAUUUUGAUUUGAUUUCUAUUAUUUUCAAAGAUUUUUUUUUCAAAAUGAGAACUGUGCUCAUGCUAACUUAGUAAUCAUAAACCAAACAUAUUACUCCAAACAGUUACUCAGAGUUGUAUGUUCACCAAAUGCAUUUUACUCGUGAGGAAUUAUUUGGGUGGUUAUAUUUUACAGUAAUGUUACUCUUAUCCUGAGUACCCUAGUGAAUGAAUGUUUGGUUAACUGAAGUAGCUGCACCCACCUUGACUCUACCCACAAUCCUUCGCUGAAAAAAUACACAUUUAAGAUGGAACUUUGAUGUCGAAAAAGGUGUAUUUUGUUGUUGGCUGCGACGCUGUAAAAAUCCAAUCACCCUGACUGAUGCACUGACUCAAAGAAGUAUUUUUCCAAAGCAGAUAAUCAAGUUGAGGGUGUGAACCUCCUUUGAUAUUUUCUACACUUGUUUUGCUGUAAUUGCACUGUUAAUAACACUUUUGUCUCUUCUCC